AAAGCAACGACGGACGCAUGGGCCGGGGACGUGAUCGUCUUUUUCUUUUUUUUUUUUUGGUGCAAAUAAAAGCGUUUCAUUUACUACCUAGCAUCCUGAGGCAUAUGUCUUUCAGUUGCCAAGGCAAGAUGAUAAGUUGCCAAAGCAAGAUGAUAUUAGUAAUAACUUGGCGAAGCAAGAUCAGAAUUGUCAAAAGGUAUGAUGACCACUGCAGCACUUGCCGUCGGGACACGAGGAAUGGGUUAUAGAACUCAACACUUCCAACUGCUUCACAGAGGGCAUGUCAUUACGUCUCGUCAGACUUGGUGUAGCCUAUUUAUGUGCAGGACACUUUCUGUAUCUGGUCGUCAUGGCAAUCCUAACCAGAAAAGAUGCUCAAAUUGGAAUAGUAGAAAGUUAUUUGGAAUGAUUCAGCCAGUGUAUGUUCUCCUGAGGUGGUUUCACAUACGAGCUCGCCCCUACCAUCCCUCCAGAACAAUUCUUGAACAUGGCCGGUGUGUUUCACCACGUUUCCCAUGUCAGUUUUCCUGGAAACCGAAAAGUGAUCCUCGGUUGCAACCAGCCUCUUCAUCUGCCCAUGAUCGUGUGGAAUUCUCCCGAGACACAAUAUUUGCAUUGUCCUCAGGCCACGGGAAGUGUGGGGUGGCGGUCAUCCGCAUUUCGGGCCCCGAGGCAUCCAAAGCCUUUUUGGCCAUGACCAAAAUGUCAGACCUGCCAGCAGCCAAGAAGGUACACUUGCAAAGACUGUUCAACCCUGUGGAUGGGGAGACCGUCGACAAGGGUCUUGCAGUCUGGUUUCCAGGUCCACAGAGCUUUACUGGUGAAGAUGUUGGUGAGUUCCAUGUCCACGGUGGGCCUGCCGUUGUCUCAGCAAUGCACUCAGCUCUGGAUGCCAUUAAUGGCCUGAGACAUGCCGAGCCAGGCGAGUUCACCAAGCGGGCAUUUUUGAAUGGUAAACUGGACCUGACAGAGGUCGAAGGGCUUGGAGACCUCAUCCACGCUGAGACAGAGGCCCAGAGGCGGCAGGCUCUCAGGCAGAUGGAAGGUGAUCUGGGCAAGCUGUAUGAAGCCUGGAGGUGGAGACUAGUCAAGUGUGUUGCACAUGUAGAAGCAUUCAUUGACUUCAGCGAGGAUGAGAACAUCGAAGAAGGUGUCUUGGACCAGGCUCAGGCUGGGGUGACGCAGCUAAUGCAAGACAUACAUGCCCAUCUAAAUGACAAUCGGUGUGGUGAAAGAUUGAGAAGCGGAGUCCAGGUUGCCAUCAUCGGACGGCCAAAUGUUGGCAAGAGCUCUCUUCUUAAUCUUCUGUGUCAAAGACCAGCAGCCAUUGUAACCCCAAUAGCAGGCACAACAAGGGACGUGAUUGAGUCUGCGGUGAACAUCGGCGGGUAUCCUGUGCUUCUCCUAGACACGGCUGGGUUAAGAGACACCCAGGACAUGGUAGAACAGGAGGGAGUCCGUAGGGCGAGGCAGAGGGCCGAGAAUGCUGACUUAACCAUCGUCAUGACAGAAGCUAGUGACAUUCACAAUUGCAUAGCCUCCUCCUCAGCAGGCAGUAUCGGUGACAAGUUUACUACCUUCUUAGAAAGCAGGCUUCAAGAGACCGCAGCCUCAACCUUUGCCUCAACCCAGAGGUCAAUGUUACCAGAGAAUGCUACUUUAGAUGGGACAAUGAUUCAAAAGGACUCAAUCUUUGUGAUUAACAAAUCAGACCUUGUUGGUGAUGAGGUAAAGGAUGCAUUCGUUGUGCUAGAAUCUGCUCUUGGACAGUAUCGUAAUGAGAAAGGUCAAGAUGAGAGAUCUGUUUGCAUUAUUUCCUGUAAAACGGGCCAAGGAAUGGAAAACCUUCUGGCAAUCUUGAGGAGAAAGGUCGAAGCCCUGUGUGGAAACCCCCUCCUUGGCAACCCUAGCUUGACGCAAGCCCGUCACCGUAGCAACUUGACCCGUUGCCUUGCCGCUCUAGAGGCAUUUGCCAGCCAAGAGGACCUUGUCAUGGCUGCUGAACAACUCCGCAUUGCACUGAGGCAUCUUGGGAAGAUUACAGGCAGAGUGGGGGUGGAAGAGAUCUUGGACGUGGUAUUUCAAGACUUCUGCAUUGGCAAAUGAUUGCAUUACUUGACUGUUGACUGCAUCACAAGUCCAGUUACAUAGAAGAGGGUGAACAUUAACAAAAGUACACUUUUGUUGCUGUUCAUUUGAAUAGCUCAUGAUGAAUUAACGUCGGUGGUCUUGGUAUAUAUUGUGGGCUCUUGCAAUGUCCAUUAGAGGUCUCAACUAUAAACGCUUAUAAUCUACACUAAAAAACACAUUUUGGGAACUGGUUAGGCAAGAUUGAGGAGUUUCCAUUCCGCAAGUUCAGUGAAAUUAGCUAUUAAAACUGAGGGUUAUUAACUUUAAAGGCAGUCAUCAAGAAUGGACUGCUGUUCUUAAGGAAUCUUAAUCUAAUGCUUGAUUAUUCACCCAGUUGAAAAAAAGAAAACGGAUUGAUAAAAGUCUCAAUGAAAGUGUGUGGUUCUACUCUCUUAACCCCCUGAUUAUUAGGUUUGCAGUGUUAUGGGUAUGCUCAGUGUACAGACUGAUCCAAGUAGAUGAUAUUGCUAUAGGGUAAUGCAAGCAUUGUGGCAAAGCCCAGUGCUGGCCAAAGAGGUAUUUAACACAACCUGUGUGUGCACAAGCAGGGUACCAGUGCAACUACUUUGAACAAUUCCACAGCUUUCGAACUUGGAAUCUAAGAGUAAAUUACAGUUGGGAAAUGGCUAACAUCUGGCCAGGAAAAAUUGUGCAGUAGUGAGCAUGCAAUGGUGAAUUUGACCCAUACUGUAAAAUAUGAAUCCACAAAAAGCCAUUUACCAUUGUAGUUUGUUCAAUGACGUAAUGUGUAGUGUAUAUAAAAAUCUUCUGACAAAGUGCUUUAGAACAAUACAUAUUGGACAAAUUUACAGAA